GACUGUCGUGGGUCGAGUUGUCGUAUGGUCGGGUUGUCUGAACUCCUCGACAGGGUGUUCCCAAACGUAACAUCAACAACAUUAUACACCCUCUCUAUUCAAGAACUGUGGCGAACGGCGAAGGCCUAUCAUUUAGUACAGAGCAGGACGGGAUUUUACUUGUUUAAGGUUAAAUAAUGGCUAAAACAUACGAUUUUCUUUUCAAAUUACUAUUAAUAGGAGACUCAGGGGUUGGAAAGACCUGCGUUUUAUUCAGAUUUUCAGAAGAUGCUUUUAAUUCAACGUUUAUUUCAACGAUAGGUAUUGAUUUCAAGAUUAGGACAAUAGAAUUAGACGGUAAAAAGAUUAAGUUACAAAUAUGGGACACAGCAGGCCAGGAGAGGUUCAGAACAAUCACAACAGCUUAUUACAGGGGAGCAAUGGGCAUCAUGCUUGUGUACGAUAUCACAAACCAGAAGUCAUUCGACAACAUCAGGAAUUGGAUAAGAAAUAUCGAAGAGCAUGCGUCAGCAGAUGUAGAGAAGAUGAUCCUAGGAAACAAAUGUGACAUGGACGACAGGAGAGCAGUAUCCAAGGAAAAGGGAGAACAGUUGGCAAUAGAAUAUGGAAUCAAGUUCAUGGAAACUAGUGCCAAGGCUAGCAUUAACGUUGAAGAGGCUUUCGUGACUCUUGCCAGAGACAUCAAGUCAAAGAUGGACAGGAAAAUGGAUGCAACAGGUCAGCAAAAACUAGGAGGGGUCAAGGUCACGGAGAAAGAGACGCAAAAGAAGAGUGGCUGGAAAUUGUGCACUUUAUUGUGAUGCAUUUCCAUCCUUAUGCAUUUCCAUGAACUGCUUUUAACAAAAAAAGACUAUAAAGGUUUAGGAGCAAUUCCAGCAUUUUGGAUGAUUGUGAUUGUAACCAAGGCAACGUCCUGAAACGCUGGAAACUCUUCAUUCCUUUUGUUAACCCUUUUCUGCAAAAUUGAAGAUGCAAACAGGUGUGCGGAGAGAUUCCAACUGUGCGGUUUCCACAAAGGGAUUCUUUAACUUCUUACCCAAUAUAAACUACAGGUAACUUUAGCUUUUAGGAAGGAAAUAUAUCUAAGAGAUCUUGUUGGCCCAAACAUUUUUCUCUUGUUCUGAAAUAUGCUUCAUAGCAUCUUUUUUAAAUGUCAAGUCCACCCCCCUUAAAGCUGGUUUGAAUGGAAAGAGAAAAAUCAAACUGGCAUAUUGCUGAAAAUUUCAGCCAACUUAGAUGUAAAAUAAAUAAAAGUUAUGUCAUUUUGAAAUUUUGCUUAUCUCAAAACAUUCGUAUGCACAACACUGAUAUGUAAAUGAGGGUCGUAAUGUCACUAAGUAUUUUUUUCACUUAUUAUUGCGUGAAUUAAACAAUACUGUAUUUUUAACAGAUUUGACAAUUAUGAGACGUUCCAUCAAAUCGAUAUAGGUUACAGCAUCGACAAUUCCACUUGUCCAGGAAGGAACCACACUUUGUGUCAAUUGUAAUGAGGAUGAAAUAACAAAAAUCUGUCGUGUAAUGAAAUACAAGAAAUAGUGAGUGGAUGACAUAAUCAGUUCCCUCAUUUGCAUACUGACCAGGAUGAGCAUAUAACUUGUUUGUGAAAGUAACCCAAAUUUUGAAAUGUUAUCACUCUUUUAUUCGACAUCAAAUUUUGGUUUCAUGACAUUGCUCCGGGAACAAUUGCUCCGCUGCAAAUUCCACACAUUAAUGGAAUGAUCAACUUCAACCCUGGAUUUAACACGAUACCCUAUCCUAAACCUAACAUAAAACCCUAUUGCAACCAUAAACCUAACCCUAUAUUUUAGACGAAAUAAAGCCCGAAGCAAUCGUCGCCGGAGCAAAUGUCCUGUCACCCAAAUUUUAAUUAUUCAGCUUGUUUGAUUUUUUUUCUCACUUUUUAUUCAAGUAAACCUUUUGUUGGGUUUGACUUGCCCUUUAGAUCCAAUCUAUGCUUUUUGCCCUACAUUGUUUGAUUGAUGCAACCUUACUAAAGUGAAUGGGGUGUAUUGUAAUACGCCAGAAUUAACAAUAUCGCCAAUGAGUAGGGAAAGAAUUAUAUUACAUUUCAUUGCUUUAUACUGCAGGAAAUUAGAUAAAUGCUGCAACAUAUAAAUAUAUAUCCUUGCAGAUUUAACUUUUAAGUAUACAGCAAGUGAAAUCAAAUAUGUAAGAAUGAUAAAAAUUAUUGUUGUUUUUUAUAUGAAAACAAGCUUUUUUGUAUUAUUAGAUGUAGGUAGGCCUACAUGUACCUUCCUAAAAGCAACACAAAUAAGAUUGUCAUUAACAUAAAAGAUUUUCCCCAGCAAAGAAAAACAAAUGGAUGGGCUUCAAGAAACUUGCUGGAAAAUAAGAUAUUUUUCAUUUCCAAUUUACACUUCUACCACUUUGUCCCCUUGCUCAUAAUCUAAGUAUCAUUUUUACAUUCUUUGUAUUAUAGAUGAAAUUUUGAAUACUUGACAUUUUGUUAUAUUUUCAAUGGAAGAAGAAUGAUUUACAUGUACAUGUUCUUUCUUAUACUAAUAUAGGUUUAGAUUUUCAUGUAAAAAAAGGAAAUAUAUGAUAAUUUACUAAACCUGCUUUAUUGCCCCUAUUGGAAUAUCACUCGGUGGAUAGCAGCAGUCACAAAUCACAUAUAUUUUAGAUAUGACAUAAAAGGAAGUCCCCUCUAAUUAAAAAAAGCCAUAAUUUUUUAGAGAAAAAUAGUAGAAGUGAGUUUUACCAAGUCAUGCAUGAGUGCCAGGGAAAUUUGUUAUUUAAGUUUGCACAAGGCGUUUUUUCCUGCCAUAUUAUGAGGAAAUAUAAGCACUGCUUGCCGUUUAUUUCUAUGCAUUCUUCCCCAGUCAUGGUAUCAACAACCUUUUGCUUUUAAACGAUAUUUGACCACACUGUUUGGUAGCAAAAUAUGUUUUUAUUAUUUGGGGGAUUGGGCAGUUCUAAAUUUGGGAGCAUGAAAUGUUUUUAAAUCGCCCCCAAAAUUAUUUUCAUCUCAAAAACAAAUGUCAAAUUGGUACCUGGUAGGGAUCUCCCUAAGACGACAUGAAGGUGUUCAAACUUGUGCGGGCAGCAACUUAAGUGGCUGAUUUUAAGCUGGUUUUAAUCUCAGACUCAAAGUGUUACUAUCAAGGGAUAGAGACUAUUCCAAUCCGUCUUCAUUCUUGGUAAAGAUGACUACGCAUUUAAAUUUUACACCGUUGUUUAAGGGGAACUUAUUCUUUUUUUUAAUUACAUAUUUUGUGGAUGCUGUUUUCCAUGGAUCGAUCUUAAACCUUAUAUUCUUUGCUAUAUAUUGCUCUCUUACUAAUUUUUAAUCACAUUCCUUAUUGGUAAUAAACAAAUUGAUACUUAUUCCUGGGCAUUAUAUAUACUUUAAAUACCAGAAAUAGUGAUUGAAAAUAUUGAUUGCAUCACUUUUGGCUUACCAUAGUAUAACCUUGAAUGACUGGGAAAUCCGAGGGGGGGGGACAUUUGCAUGCCCUCAACAUGCAAAGGAGAUGGCAUGGUGAUUCAUGGGUUGGGUGGGUUUUUUUUUUCUUUUAAGUCUUAUGCAUCUCUUGAGGCCAAAUCUGUGAUUUUCGGUCUGGCAGUUCUCAAGUUAUACGACAUUCCUACCUGUUCAUCAUACAAAAUAUCCCCCAAAAUUCCUUCCAAAUUUAUUUUUCUGAAUCGAGUUUUGCGUUAACUGAUUAAAAUCAAUUAAUUUCACACAGUAAAAUAGAUUUUAAAAAAAAAGAUUCUGGAGAAUAGAAAUGAAUUUUUAUGCUGAUUUUUUGGUUCAAGCAUAUUUGGUGAGAAUUUGUAUUUAUGCAUGAAAUCAUAGUAAUCUUCAUUAUGAUAUGAAGAUUUUUUAACACAAUUUACAAUGAAAAAAAUGAAGUAUUUCAUGACAGCUGUUGUUUGUAUUUCAUUUUGUUUUCGUAAAAGUUGAUUUGUUUUCAGAUUUAUGUUAUAUAAUAUUCCCAACAUUUUUGCGCUAUCACCUACUCUCAGUGGUCACCGAGGCAUGAUUUUGUUUUCAGGUUUGCAUUGUCAAAAGCGAUGAAUAUCUGAUGAGAUUUGUGAUUUCAAGGUCAAAAUUCAAGGGUUACAGAGGUCAUACAUAUACACCUGAAAAUUAAUCAUUUUGUGAUAACUAAUAUGUGUUUGAGGGAUUCACAUCAGACUUGGUUAAUGUUUGCAUUUAAGAGUGAAGAUCUGACGAGAUUUUGGGGUUUCAAUGUCAAAGAUUUUAGAAACCAAUUUUAUAUGAAAUGAGUGAAAUGUUCUUUGAGGGCCCCCCCCCCAUCAUUUUAUGGUUGCAUUGAGAACCAAAUGAGUCAAUAGAUAUUAUAAAAACACUUCCAAAAUGGAGGAAUAUAUCCAGUGUAAUUUGAAAGGCAGUUAGACACAAGCAAGGAACUCCUAUUUUCAUAGUUAUAAAUACAGACCUACAUGUACUAGUAUCUUAUUUCACAUGUUGAUAUUCUCAGUCUGAUAAUUUGAAUGAAUAGUGCUUCCUUUCUCCCACCCCCCCCCCUUCUCUCUCUGAAUACAUAUAACUUUCUUCAGAGGCGAGUUCGAGUAUCGAGCUAUGUGUACACAUUCAGUGUUUCUUUUUUAUUAUUAUUAUGUUAUGUAAUAUUGCUUCCAAUUGACAAGUUUUUUUAAAGUAAUUGCCUGUAAGAUGUUGCCUCUAAAGUGAAAAACUAGUAUAUUCAGGUCAUUCAAGGAUGAAAGGAGAAUUGAACCAUGGGAACAAUCGCUUUUGUGAAAAUAGAAAAAUCAAAGAAUAAGAUUUAUGAAAGUUUUUGACGAAGAAUGUUGUAAGCAUUUGAAUGUUCAGAACACCAAUGCCAUAGAGUUUCCCCAAAUUUCCAUGCAUUAAACAUGUGUUGUCACACAUGAACAACUCUUCCAUUUGGAUAACCUGUGGACAAACAUAUUUUAUACAUCUCUUUUUAGCUUUGUCUAAUCAUAGUACAAACUCUUUGUCCUAGUUAUAUUUUAGAAACCUCCAUUGCAUGUCCUCCUGUGAACAGAACACCUGGGGACUGUUUCAUGGGAAGUUGUCAGCUGUCUUUCUCCGACAGUUACCAUAGUAACAGUCAGAGGCUAGUGGUUCUCAGCCAGUCAAAACAAAGGAUUUCACUUAAAUUGUCAGUGCCGACAACUUUCAUGUAACGCCCCCCCCCCCCCCUCCCCCUGUUCCAUAAUGAAAUAUACUUAUUAAUGUAUUGAGUAUUGAUUCAUGAAGAUGUUAUUAGAAAUAUGUAUGUCCUCUGACAAAUGUUACCAAUAUUCUUGUCACUAUUCGCAAAAUCACAUUUUGCAGGUAUUUAGUUGUGACUCAAUAUCAGUGAUGAGAAAAGGGUAUGUUAAUUGUUGUAAAUGAAUAGGUCCUCUUUCAUUAAAUGCAUGAACAAAUUAUGUAACAUGAGUAACCGAGGCAUUUCAAUGAUUUUCAUGAAGUACAGUUUUUUGUCGCCAAUUUGUAUUUUGUGCAAAUGAGAAACGGCAUGUAUAUGCUUUUUUGUGACAUUUAAACUACCUACCAUUAAUAGGUAUGUAAGAAAUCAACAACUUAAUAAUUUUGGCUUCUAAUGUAUCUUUAGUACCUAACAGUAAAUUGUUUGUUUGCCGUUACUGAUUUGACCUUAGAAAAUUUGCAGACUUUCAUUUUUUUUUUCAAAUUUGACCCCAAGAAAUCAACAAUUUGCCUAUUUACCAUAAUUUCAGACCGUUUUUCUGGACUUUUUUAAUUUUUACUACAAAUAAAGUUGAUAAAAAUAAGUAAAUUGUGUAGUAAAAUAUUUUCAUAUCUACAGCAGAAGACAACUGUGUCUGAGCAACCCUCAAUAUCCAUAAUAGAUCUAGGAAAUGUUUCAUUUCAUAACAAAAAAAAGAGCAACCCUAUUUUUUCCUCUGUUACGGCAAACAAACAAUUUUGAGCAUAAAUGUGGAUUUGAUUUAGUUCACUGCCUGUCUAUAUAUAUCAUGCAUGUAAUUAUUAUUUUUUUCAUGUUGAUUAUCUCCAUGAAAAGGCCUGCAACUUACUGAUUGAUGAUGAAACUUUUUUAUUGAAAGAUCUAUGGCAGAUUCAAAGUUGGUAGAUUUUACUAUAAUGCUCACAGUUGCCAUUAUUGAUAACAAAUAAAAAGCAUCUCUUAUGAAUUGGGAUACGCGGACACUGCCCGAAAGAGCAUUAAUAUCAGUGUCUAAUAUACAAAUAAUACAAUUGGGUAUUAGCUAGAGUUGCACACCCAAGGUAUCUUUGGAACAGUUCUACCAUCCAGAGACAAAGCAGAGGGCAUUUGGGCUAUUUCAAAGGUUACAAAUGGGUGUAAUUAUUCUAACGCUGAACAAAAUGAUGUGUAUGACAUCUUUAUGUUGUAUAAGAUAGUGAUUUGGAUUCUUGGUUAUUUCAUAAACCAUCCUCGUCUUAAAACAAUGACUGGUCGAUAGAACAAGUCAUUAGUACCAGUCAUCAGCACAUGACUGGUCACAUGACACAUAUUAGCCAAUCAUUUGGAAAGGAUCCAUUUCACCAUUUUAUAUUGUAAGAGUAUGUUAUUUCCAAAUAACUCAUAUCAUCCAAAUGCAAAACGGGGUGAUACCAUUGUGUUAUAAUCAUCGUGUAUCAUAGUCUUUUGCUCAUAAAUUUACUUAUUUGCAUUAUCAAAUUGAGAGCUUGUCAUUUUCAUUGUAAGACAUUGCACAUGUAUUGAUGAACAUAGUUACAUGUAUAAUUGUCUUUCUUACAAAUAAAAAAGAUUACAACAUAUUUCUUUCA